AUGGGUAAAAGAUCGUGUUUUGGACAACGCUGUAGCUGGUGGAAUAGAUCUCAGCAGCGUGCUUUAUUGUGUCCAUCUGCCUCCAACCCGGAUAGUUGUAUGCCUAUUUAUCACAUCUCGCGUAAUCGUAGUCAAUUAGGCCUCCCGGACAGGAUCAAGGUCUCUUCUUUUAUGAGAAGAUACCCGAAUCUAUUUGAAGAGUUUCAUCUACCUGAUACUAGUGGCAACACCCAUGUUCCUUGGUUUAAGCUUUCAUCGGAAGCAUCAGAUACGAUAAAUCAGCUGAAAUGGGAUCUUGGUUUGCCAUAUGACUACGAAAACUCUUUAAUCAAGCGGCAUUUGGAACUUUUUGAAAUGGGUAAACUGGAUGAUGGUCGUGAUGCGCUUAAGCUUGUGAAAUGGGAUAAUAGGCUGGCAAAGUCAUAUUUAGAAAGGAAUGCACUUAGUUACGGUUCAAAUGUUAAAGGUGAUGGCGGCGUGAUGGCAUUUCCUAUUGGAUUUACAAGGGGUUAUGGAUUAAAGAGAAAGUGUUUGAAGUGGUUAGAAGAAUGGCAGAAGUUGCCAUAUACUUCCUCUCAUGUUGAUGCUUCGCAUUUGGAUCCUCGUACAGAUGAAUCCGAGAAAAGGGUGAAGAAAACUGAGCGUAAAAAUGUGAGUAAUAUGCGCAAGCCAUUGAGAUUGCCUCAGAAGUUUACCAAGGCGUUUGAACAUCAUCCGGGGAUAUUCUACAUUUCCAGAAAAGAUGAUGCCGAUACUGUGGUUCUUAGGGAAGCAUAUAACCGUGAUCAACUUAUUGAAAAACAUCCUCUUGUUGAUGUAAGACAUAAAUAUUUUAGCAUGUUGAGACAAGGGUUUUUGGGCCGAAGCAGAGGAUUCUACAAGAAAGAGAAGAUCAAGGGCCUCGAGGAAGAUCAUUCGUCGGCUAACCUUUUGGAUUGUGAAGUAAAAAAUGCCGGAUUUCAGUCAGGACAAGAAUCGGAAUGCAGUUCUCUUUCAGACUAGAAACCGAUGAGUCCAACUCUUAGUAUCUACGAGAGCUGACAAGGCAUCUUCGGAAGUCUGCUGUGAAUCUCUAUCUACUAUAUAUAUCGCUGGUAUUUUUUUGAUUUUGUAAGUUUCUAUGAAGUGAAUCUGUGUUUGCAGAUUUUUCAGUCUUUAAGAGCAUAUAUAUUAUAAUUUCC